AUGUCUCCAGACGCCCCUUCUCCGUCAGCUAAAUCUUUAAAGCCACAACGCUUACUUGCAUGUCUACUAUGUACACAGCGUAAAGUAAAAUUCCCCGAGCGAGAGUUGCUCGAACGGGUCCGGAGAUACGAGGAUUUGCUUCGUCGUAACAACAUUGCUUUCGAACCUCUCCAUAGAGAUACGGCUGGAGACAAGGAACCAUCUGCCGCAGACAGUGGCCAGGAUUCGGACCUUGAGCACAAGGAAACUUCAAAACCGGAUCAAGCAAGUCUUUUAGCUCCGGGCAAGAUCAUAGGAAACUAUGAUGUCAAGUAUGUGCUGCUCAAGAAUUUCCGAGAUCCCAAUAAUGACGGUGAUUCCUCGGAUGAUGAUAUUCGCGAAAUUGCAAUCAAGAAGGCGUGGGAACGAUCACUAGACAGUGAUGACCUCCUUCUGUUCGGCUCAAGUAGGAUGACAACCAGCCUUUCGUCCUUACAUCCCGAACCAGCGCAGAUCUUUAGACUUUGGCAGAUUUACUUGGACAAUGUUGAUCCGCUGCUCAAAGUCACACACACUCCUAGUCUGCAAGGACGUCUUGUAGAAGCUGCCAGUAAAGUGUCGGAUAUCAGUCCUACUACAGAGGCGCUCAUGUUCAGCAUCUACUGCACAUCCAUCGGGAGUCUGACUGUAGAGGCUUGCCAGGCUAUGUUUAGUACCCCGAAGGAUGAUCUUUUGAUGAGGUAUCAAUCUGGUUGUCGGCAAGCACUCUCAAAUUGUAGCUUCUUACGGUCGAGCGAUAGGGACUCCUUAACCGCAUUAUAUAUGUACCUUAUCUCUGUCAGACCUAGCACAUCUCCUCAAUCUCUGUCUGCUGUCCUUGGCAUCGCAAUUCGCAUCGCACAGCGUAUGGGCAUCCACAUGGAGUCAGCUUUGGCAAAAUGUGCUGUUGUUGAGGCUGAAAUGCGUCGAAGAUUAUGGUGGUCGCUCGUCCUUUUCGACACUCGCAUUGGUGAGAUUGCUAAUUCUAGACCCAUUAUGCUGGAUCCUACAUGGGACUGCAAGACUCCCCUCAACGUGAAUGAUACCGAUCUUCGACCAGAGAUGAAAGGUUCUCCAGCAGCUCAGAGAAGCCCCACCGAGGCAUUGUUCGCUGUCGUACGUGGAAAACUAGGGGACUUUGUCCGCCACAGCGAGUUCCAUCUUGAUUUUACCAAUCCGGCUUUGAAGCCAAUUGUCCAGCAUCUUCAGAAUCGUAGCGCUCCAGAGGAUACUCAGCUUGCAAAGUUUGAGCAGCUUAUCGAGGAUCAAUACUUAAAGUAUUGUGACCAGGACAAUCCUAUUCAUUUCAUGACAACGUGGUCAACGCGGGCGUUCCUUGCCAAAUUCAGACUCUUAGAACAUCAUGCGCGACAUUCCAGGUCUAAAGUACGCCAAACCGAAACACAGCAUGACGCUGCCACUUCAUAUGCGCUCAGAAUGCUUGAAUGCGCCACAAAGAUCAUGACUUCACCCCUGACCACAAGAUUCCAAUGGAUGAAUCAAUCCCACUUUCCCUUCCCAGCAUUCAUCCAGAUCGUCCAAGACCUGAGACGUCGCCCCGUGAGCAACCAAGCCCGACAAGCUUGGGAAACCAUGAGCGAGGCCUACGAGGCUUGGUUUGACCCUCAAUACAGACCCACUAGCCCUUUCUUUCAGAUCUUCAGCAAGAUCGUGCUCCAAGCAUGGGAGGCUUCCGAAGCGGCAUCGAAAUGCUUGGGGGCGACUUUGUUGCCACCGAGAAUCAUCUCCUUGAUUAGGCUCACACUUGAACAAGCGGCGGCGCGGGAUGUGAGAUUUGCUAAUGUAGAGCAAACGAAUGUUUCCAUGGCGAUGGGGGGAACGAAGUCUCGCCGCCUAUGCUGA